UAGGAAUAUGGAUUAUCAUAUUUGAAACCGCGUAAAUUGACCGUGACGAGUUAAUGCGUUUUGAAGAGAGAAGAGAAAAGGAAUAGGAAUCAGGAUUGGGAAUUUUGCUUCUGCGUGGGUUUUGUUUGUUUCAUUCUUCUCCUGUAUGCGUGAUCUCAUUCUCUUCCCGCGUAAAACCCGAUUCUGGUGGCGUCCUUCCAUGACGACGUCGUUUCUGAACGGCGAGAGAGCGGUGGCGGUGUUUUUCAUCGGCAUACUCGUCUAUUCCCUCCCUCUCUCUCUCCUCUUCCAUGGCGUCGCUCUCUCUCUCCUCACCCUCGCCUCCUUCUCCCUCGAAAUCUCUUUCGACUCUUCCUAUGUCCCUUCUCUUUUCCCCACCAGGCCAGGUGCUUCGUCCGGAAUUUUGCUUGGCGCCGUCACUCUCCCUUCUCUUCUUCUCUCUAAAUUGUUACAGCUGUCGCGGGGAUUCUCACUUGCUCAACUUCAAAUUCAAGAGAUUCAAUAUCUGACAUUGCAAUACUGGGCCACCUCUGCCAGCGCCUGUGGCGUCGUUUUGUUCCUUGCCUUUGCAAGACGCCGUUCUCCAGUUUCCCCUUCACGUUGGGGUUCGAGCCUUAGCUUAUGCUCCAUUUCCCUUCAAGUUCUCGUUUCUGUUGCUGCCCUUGCUACCACAUCUCAAAUUGGGAUGCAUCCAGCACUGAAGCUGGCUUGGGUCUUUUGUCAUGGAUUGGCGUCUGUGAAGCUAAUUCAGCAUUUCCUCAGAACUUUUCCCUCUUGUGCUUCCAUUGGAGAAGCAUUUUUGGUGACUUCCGGUAUUGUUCUCUACUUUUGUGACAUGUUGUUACUUACUACUAAAAAGCUACAUGGACUAUUGGUCUCAUCAGAGUCAGUUACUACAGAACAUGAAAUAAGUAGAAGUGAGAUAAGCAUUAUAAUUCAGGGGCUUGUGCUUGGUCUUCUGGUAUACCCAAUAGCUUUGAAAUAUUUUCUCCAAAUAUGGGAGUGGUCUAUAAAUACAUCUGCUGGAGCAAGAAGAUACUACGAGAUUGGGAGAACUGUUAUUUUUCUUGCUUCCCUUGGAUUUGUCCUGAUUGUGAUUGUACCAUCAUGGAUGCAGUUCGUGAAGGAGUUUCGUGUGCAUCCUUUUUUCUGGGUGAUUUCCUUUGUUUUCUCGGAGCCAUCCAAAAGGCUGUCUAUGUGUAUUUACUGGAUGUGUAUAAUUUGUGUUUCUGUUUUGCGAUUCUAUAACAUCUCCAAGAACAGUAAGAUUGAGAGAAUUCUUUUGAGGAAAUACUACCAUCUGAUGGCUGUCUUGAUGUUUUUGCCCGCCCUUAUCUUCCAGCCGAAAUUCCUUGAUCUAGCUUUUGGUGCGGCUUUGGCAAUUUUCCUAAUGUUAGAAAUUAUUCGAGUAUGGAGAAUUUGGCCCUUGGGACAACCAAUAAAUCAAUUUAUGAAUGCUUUUACUGAUCACCGUGACUCUGAUCUUCUCAUUGUCAGCCAUUUCUCACUCUUACUGGGAUGUGCCCUUCCUAUUUGGAUGUCUACUGGGUACAAUGACCGACCUCUAGCUCCAUUUGCUGGAAUAUUAAGUCUGGGAAUUGGAGACACGAUGGCAUCAAUGGUUGGUCACAAGUAUGGUGUUUUGAGAUGGAGUAAAACUGGCAAGAAAACAGUUGAAGGUACCGCAGCUGGUAUAACUUCUGUACUAGCUGCUUGCUCGUUGCUUCUUCCACUAUUAGCAUCAACUGGAUAUAUUCUCACUCAGCAUUGGUUCUCUCUUCUUCUAGCUGUGACUGUAAGUGGUUUGUUAGAGGCCUACACAGCACAACUCGACAACGCAUUUAUACCUCUUUUUUUCUAUAGUCUUCUCUGUUUGUAGGCAUGAGCAACGGCGAGGUUCUGCACAUAUAUAUUGUGUCUGGACACAUUGUUUUUGGCAGAGGUCAGAUAACUAUUAACCAAUGUAAUUGAUUUGACAGUUUAGGGUUGUGGAUACCUAGUUAGGAUUGUAUCUCUACAGAAAUGAUAGGUAUACGUGUUCAUUUAUAGGGUUUAUACCCAACACACAGCAAAAUGUAUGCAGGAGGCAGUUUAACAUUUUUUAUGAAAUCAUUGUGAGGGCUCA